AUGAUGCCCGACUGGCACAGCUCCCUGAUCCUCAUCGCCUAUAUCUUCAUCUUCCUCACUGGCCUCCCUGCCAACCUCUUGGCCCUGCGUGCCUUCGUGGAGCGGGUCCGCCAGCCCCAGCCUGCACCCGUGCACAUCCUCCUGCUCAGCCUGACCCUGGCGGAUCUGCUGCUGCUGCUGCUGCUGCCCUUCAGGAUCAUCGAGGCUGCGUCCAACUUCCGCUGGUACCUGCCUCAGAUCGUCUGCGCCCUCACGGGCUUUGGCUUCUACAGUAGCAUUUACUGCAGCACGUGGCUGCUGGCCGGGAUCAGCAUCGAGCGCUACCUGGGCGUCGCCUUCCCCGUGCAGUACAAGCUCUCCCGUAGGCCCCUAUAUGGGGUGAUCGCUGCUCUGGUGGCCUGGAUCGUGUCGUUUGGUCACUGCACUGUCGUGAUCGUUGUUCAGUACUUGAACUCAACCCAGCAGGUUGGAAAUAGAAACGAAAUAACCUGCUAUGAGAACUUCACCCAACAGCAGCUGGAGGUGGUGCUGCCCAUGCGGCUGGAGCUGUGUCUGGUCCUUUUCUUUAUCCCCAUGGUGGUCACCAUCUUCUGCUACUGGCGUUUUGUGUGGAUCAUGCUCACCCAGCCCCACGUCGGGACCCAGAGGCGGCACCGAGCUGUGGGGCUGGCUGUCGUGACGCUGCUCAAUUUCCUGUUGUGCUUCGGACCUUAUAAUUUGUCCCACCUGGUGGGAUUUUACCAAAGACAAAGCCCCCCGUGGCGGGUGGAGGCUGUGUUAUUCAGUUCGCUCAAUGCCUCUCUGGACCCACUGCUGUUCUAUUUCUCUUCCUCAGUGAUGCGCAGAGCUUUUGGGCAAGGGCUGAGGCUGUUGCGCAGCCGGGGCUCCUCCCUGCUGGGACGCAGAGUCAAAGAGACAGCAGAGGUGACUACUGGGGACAGGGGCAUGAAUCAAGGAGAGGGGAUGCCAAGUUCGGACUUCACCACUGACUAGAGAUUUC